CCAAAUAGUCGUUCCAGACGACAAUACGUGCCGGCGCGUAGGUCAGAACAGUUUGCCGAGUGAUUGCCAAGCGGCGAAUUGAUUGCCGUGCCUGCGUGCGCCAUGGAGGUUUUGGUCGGCGGCGUGAAGUCCGUGCUGCUGGUGCUGGCGCCGGCGCUGCUCGCCGUCGCGCUGUACAGCCCCGACGGGUUCUCGCCGGCCCCGAUGCCGCCCGAGUACUCGUACGCGGCCCCCGUGUCCGCGCCGCGGCACGAGCCCCGCGCGCUGGCGGCGAGCGAGCGCGUCGGGGAGGGGCGGCUCCUGGCGCCGGAGGACCUCGCGUACGACGCCGCCGGCGGGUGGCUGUACACCGGCUGCGCCGACGGGUGGGUCAGGAGGGUGAGCGUGGCCGGCGGGGAGGUGGAGGACUGGGUCCGCACCGGCGGCCGCCCCCUCGGCGUCGCCCUCGCCGCCGAUGGUGGCCUCGUCGUCGCCGACGCCUACAUCGGGCUACUGAAGGUGAGCCCGGAGAAGGCGGUGGAGCUGCUGACCGACGAAGCGGAGGGCGUCAGGUUCGCCCUGACCGACGGCGUCGACGUCGCCGCCGACGGCACCGUCUACUUCACCGACGCGUCGCACAAGUACAGCCUGGCCGAGUUCAUGACGGACGUGCUCGAGGCGCGGCCGCACGGGCGGCUGCUGAGCUUCGACCCCUCGACGCGGCGGACCACCGUGCUCGCCCGCGACCUCUACUUCGCCAACGGCGUCGCCGUCUCGCCGGACCAGGGCUCCCUCAUCUUCUGCGAGACUGUCAUGAUGAGGUGCUCGAGGUACCACAUCAACGGCGACAAGGCCGGCACCGUCGACAAGUUCAUCGACAACCUGCCGGGCUUCCCCGACAACAUCCGCUACGACGGCGACGGCCGCUACUGGAUCGCGAUCUCCGCCGAGAGGACGCUGCAGUGGGACGUGCUGAGCUGGUCCCCGUUCGUCCGGAAGCUGGUGCACAUGGUGGACAAGUACGUCGUGGCGGUCCCCCACAGCCUGAAGAACGCCGGCGCGAUGAGCGUGACGCUCGCCGGCGAGCCCGUGUCGAUGUACAGCGACCCAGGCCUCGCCGUCACCACCGGCUGGCUCAAGGUCGGCGACUGCCUCUACUACGGCUCGCUCACCAACCCGUACCUCAGCAAGAUCAACAUCGCCGAAUCCCCGGCUGAGAAAGCCGAGGAGUGAUCUUGGAUUCUUGCUCGCUUGUUCGGAACCCUUUUUUUUUUUAAGAGAACA